UCAGGCGCACUGGGGCGGAACCCGGCGCAGUCACGUAGCUCCGGUUCAGCCGCGCGCGCGUUAGUCCCGGUGUCCAGUGCUCGCCGCCUCGCCGCGAAAAUGCCGAUGUUCGUGGUGAACACCAACGUGCCCCGCGCCUCGGUGCCGGACGGGCUCCUCUCCGAGCUCACCCAGCAGCUGGCGCAGGCCACGGGCAAGCCGGCCCAGUACAUCGCGGUGCACGUGGUCCCGGACCAGCUCAUGACUUUCGGCGGCUCCAGCGAGCCCUGCGCGCUCUGCAGCCUGCACAGCAUCGGCAAGAUCGGCGGCCCGCAGAACCGCUCCUACAGCAAGCUGCUGUGCGGCCUCCUGGCCGAGCGCCUGCGCGUCAGCCCCGACAGGAUCUACAUCAACUACUACGACAUGAACGCGGCCAACGUGGGCUGGAACGGCUCCACCUUCGCCUGAGGGCCCCGCCGCCCGACCCUCAGCCCCAGACCCCGCCGCCCGCUCCCACCGCCCCCACCUCCUGAUCGGGGAAAUAAACGGUUUGGAAACCA